UUGGCAGCGCCGUAGGGUGGGCGGGGCGCGCCCGCUCCGGUGGUGGAGCGCUAACGGUUUCCGGCUGCCGUGCCGGGGAGGGGAGGGGGAAGCGCAGGGGCGAGGCUGUGUGCUCGUGACCCUUGGCCCGUGCGCCCCCCUGCACCCCCGCAGUUACUCCGACAUGCUGGGCUGUGGGGAGUCAGAGCUGGAGUCGGUGGAAGGGGAUGAAGCCGUGGUGGCCCCAGGACUGCCCCCAGAACCCCGGGCCCCGGAGCCGCGAGCCCCACUACCGGAGCCCGGCCUGGAUCUGAGCCUGAGUCCGCGUCCGGAGAGCCCCGAGCCGCGCAGCGGCAGCCCCAGACGGCCGAAGGGGCAGGCGGAGCGGCGGGGCGGGGCUCGGAGGGGGCGGCAGGUCCGGUUCCGCCUGGCGCCGCCCUCCCCGGCCCGGCCCGAGGCGCCGCGGGAGCUCGAGCACCCCGCGCUGCACAGCAGCCUGGCCCUGGGCCUCGAGCUGCGGGCCGCGCGCGCUGCGGCGGGGGCUCAGUUCGACGCCGCGAAGGCCGUGGAGGAACAGCUGAGGAAGUCGUUCCGGCUCCGCUGCGGUGUGGAGGACAGCGUGAGCGAGGGCUUGAACGUGCCGCGCUCCAGGCGGCUCUUCCGGGACCUGGUGAGCCUGCAGGUGCCGGAGGAGCAGGUUCUGAACGCCGCCCUCAGGGAGAAGCUGGCGCUCCUGCCGCCCCAGGCUCGAGUGCCGCCCCCAAAGGAGCCUCCGGGGCCAGGGCCAGACAUGACCAUUUUGUGCGACCCAGAGACGCUGGUCUACGAAGCUCCACACCUGCCCCUGGACGGGCUGCCCCCGCUCCGCCUUCAGCCCCGGCGCCGCCCUCCGGAAGACACCUUCCUCAUGCAUCGGACGCUCAGGCGAUGGGAGGCUUAGUCCGAGGACCCGGGCUGCUGGGUCCUGUUUUUGUGUUGCUAUUUUUUCAGAAUAAAGUUGUUUGGCUAACAAA